AUGGUAAAGGUUUAUCGAAACAGCUCAGUGGAGUGGAAUCCGUCCGCUGUUGUAGCCCUAGCCACCAGCGCCGACGGCUCCCAAGUCGCCGCCGCUCGCGGAGACGGUUCACUUGAGAUUUGGCUCGUCUCCCCCGGCUCCGUUGGAUGGCACUGUCAGCUCACUAUACAUGGGGACCCUAAUUCGAGGAUGUCGUCGCUGGUGUGGUGUCCAUCGGGGCCAAGAGGUUCGUCAUUGGGCCGGUUGAUAUCUUCCAGCAUUGAUGGAUCGGUUUCUGAGUGGGACCUUUACGAUUUGAAACAAAAGACAGUUCUAGAUUCUAUUGGUGUCUCAAUAUGGCAGAUGGCAGCAGAACCAUGUAAUAAUCCGCAGUUAAAUGAAAAGAAGGAAAUGAAGGUUUAUGAAAAUGGCCAUGCUAGUCCUAGAAUUAAUGGUGGCGAGGAUGAUGAAAAUAGUGAUAGUGGACAUGACAGCGAUAGCAAUGAUUCGGUUGAGAUUCAUGAGGACCAUGACACCAAGUACACUCGUCUUGCAUUUGCUUGUGAUGAUGGCUGUAUACGAAUAUACAACAUAUCUGACUCGGAAAAACUAACUUAUAAUGGAACAUUGCCAAGGGUUAGUGGACGUGCUUUAAGUGUAACCUGGAGUCCUGACUCACGGAGGAUUUAUUCUGGAAGCAGUGACGGGUUCAUAAGAUGCUGGGAUGCUAAACUGGCUCUUGAGAUUUAUAGAAUAACCGUCGGGCUUGGAGGUCUGGGUAGUGGUUCUGAGCUCUGCAUAUUGUCAUUACUUGCACUUAGAAGUGGGACCAUUGUCAGCGCCGAUAGUUCUGGCAGUGUGCAGUUUUGGGAUAGUCAGGUUGGAACUCUUUUUCAGGCACAUUCUUGUCACAAGGGUGAUGUGAAUGCUCUUGCAGCAUCACCUAGCCAUAAUAGAGUGUUCUCUGCUGGUUCAGACGGUCAGGUUAUACUCUAUAAGAUUUCUAGUGAUGCUGUUGGCUCUAGUGAUGGCAAGUUUGUUUCUGAUCCAAUUAAGAAAUGGAUCUAUGUUGGCUAUGUGAGAUCUCAUACACAUGAUGUGAGGGCCUUGACUGUAGCGGUACCUAUCAGUCAUGAAGAUGUCUUUCCUGAUGAAAAGGUAAAGAGGGCCCGUGGCAGGAUGAAGCCCCUUGACUUUAGUUACCAUAAGUGGGCCCAUUUAGGUGUACCCAUGCUUAUUUCAGCUGGUGAUGAUACAAAACUUUUUGCGUAUUCUGCCAAGGAGUUCACCAAAUUUUCUCCACAUGAUAUUUGUCCUGCACCGCAGAGAAUGCCCAUGCAAUUUGCUACAAAAACAUUUUUCAAUCAGACUCCAUUGCUUCUUAUCCAAGCUUCUUACUGGUUAGAUAUUUAUUCCGUUCGUGUAAAGAAAGAUGUCUCUGACGUCAGUCCAAGCUCCUCUCCUGGGCUUGCAACCACUGAUUUGGUGGCAAGAAUUAAAUGCAAAGCUUCUCGGAAGAUAAUUUGCAGUACGAUUUCUUCAUCAGGCACUUCAUUUGCUUAUUCUGACCAUAUGAAAUCCAAUCUAUUUGAAUUGAAAGGGAGUAAGUCAGGCAAGCAUGUCUGGACUGUAAAGAAAAGGAAGCUCCAGUCAGAAUUGCCAUAUGCCCAUUGCAUGGCUUUUAGUUCUGACUCUUCACGUUUAUUGAUAGCAGGGCAUGAUCGGAGGAUAUACGUAGUGUAUGUGGAAAGUGGUGAACUGGUUCAUGCAUUCACUCCUUGUCGUAGAGACCAAGAUGAGGAAUUGCCACCCAGUGAACCUCCUAUCACAAAAAUGUUCACAAGUAUUGACGGCCAGUGGCUGGCAGCCAUCAACUGUUUUGGAGAUGUUUAUAUAUUUAAUCUGGAGACGCUAAGGCAACAUUGGUUCAUAUCAAGAUUGGAUGGGGCCUCCGUUACAGCUGGUGGUUUUACUCCACGGAAUAGCAAUAUUCUCAUAAUCUCCACUUCUUCAAAUCAUGUUUAUGCAUUUGAUGUGGAGGCCAAACAGUUGGGGGAGUGGUCCAUGCGGCACACAUUUUCUCUGCCUCGAAGAUAUCAAGAAUUUCCUGGAGAAGUUAUUGGUCUUUCGUUCCCACCAUCAUCUAGUUCAUCAUCUGUUAUUGUCUAUAGUCCUAGGGCUAUGUGUUUAAUCGACUUUGGGAUGCCAGUUGAUAGAGAGGAUGACACUGAAUUGGCAAAUGGUGAGGACUUGGCGUUGAGAAUGUUGCAGUGCAAUGGAAAACUAAAGCGUAAAUUGAAAGAUUUUGAAUUAGAAACUAGACAAAGCGGUAGAAAGAACUUUGAAUUCUGUGCUUUCAGAGAUCCUGUUUUAUUUGUCGAUCAUCUUUCUAGAAAUUCUCUCUUGGUCAUAGACAAGCCAUGGAUGCAAGUAGUUAAGACUUUGGAUACUGCACCGGUUCACAGACAUAUUUUUGGGACAUAG